CCUCCCCGCCACGCCAUGGCCACCACCUCCCUCGCCGCCGCUUCCCGCCACCACAUCCUCCUCCCCUCCCGGUCCGGCCCCAGCUUCAACCUCAGAGCCCCCAACCGAGUCCGCCUCUGCCCCGCCUUCCCCUCCAUUCUCUGCGCGUCCACCUCGUCGGCGUCUCCCCAGCCCACCGCCGGCGGCGAGGAGGACGAGGCGGGCCAUGGGGGGAAGCUUUCGAAGCAGUCCUCGUGGGAGGCGACGGAUGGCCAGGGCGACGACUACCUCUACCGCCUCGGGAAGGAGGCCGAGAACAUGAACAUCGCCGUUGGCGCCCGGAGCGGCGUCAUCGACGACCUCUUCGUCGGAAAAUUCCUCGGAAGAGACUCGGACAUCGUGUUCGAUUACCGUCAGAAGGCGACCAGGAAAUUCGAGUAUCUGCAGGGAGAUUACUACAUCGCACCCGCAUUCCUCGAUAAAGUUGCCAUCCACAUUGUAAAGAACUACCUUGCAAAUAAUCUUAAUAUCAAGAUUCCCCUUAUACUCGGUGUCUGGGGUGGAAAAGGCCAAGGGAAAACAUUCCAAACUGAACUUAUAUUUAAAGCAAUGGGUGUUGAGCCUGUUAUUAUGUCUGCUGGAGAGCUCGAAUCUGAAAGAGCAGGAGAACCUGGAAGGCUUAUACGUGAUCGAUACAGAACGGCAUCUCAAGUAGUUCAAAACCAAGGGAAAAUGAGUUGUUUGAUGAUCAAUGACCUAGAUGCUGGUGUUGGAAGAUUUGGAAACACACAAAUGACGGUCAAUAACCAAAUCGUGGUUGGAACUUUGAUGAACUUGGCGGAUAAUCCUACCAGGGUUAGCAUUGGGCAGAAAUGGAGAGAAUCUGACAUUACACAUAGAGUGCCAAUAAUAGCAACUGGAAAUGAUUUUUCAACACUAUAUGCUCCUUUGAUUCGUGAUGGGAGGAUGGAAAAGUUCUACUGGCAGCCCACCCGUGAAGAUAUAAUUAACAUUGUUCACCGUAUGUAUACGAAGGAUGGGUUAUCUUCUGAGGAAGUGUCAAGCAUUGUAGAUACGUUUCCAAAUCAAGCUCUGGACUUUUAUGGAGCUUUGAGAUCCAGGACAUAUGACCAGGCUAUCUUGAAGUGGGUAAAUGACAUUGGCGGUUAUGAGCAACUAGGUGAAAAGCUUCUCAAGCGAAAGAACAGAGAGAAGCUUCCCACGUUUAUCCCUCCAAAGCCAACACUAGACGCAUUGAUCGAGUCAGGGGACUCUUUGGUGGCAGAGCAAGAGCUGAUAAUGAACUCGAAGCUAUCGAAAGAAUAUAUGAAGAACUUAGAAGACUAGCUCGAAACUCAAAAUACAAGUACAAAAACCUACCUCGACCCAUGUGAAGUAUCUUUUUAUUUCUUCCAAUUUUCUGUAAAUUGCACUGGGCCCUCCUAUAUUUUGUGUGUUUCCCGGCGGAUGAGUUGCACGUGCAAGUAUAUAACAUUGUAAAAAAGAACUCAUGGAAUAUAUAUACGAGCAUUUUUCCAGUACAUGUGUACUUCA